UGCAGAUUUGAAUUCAAGGCGCGCAGUCUUGUGCGCGAUUGAAACGGAGUAAAAUACCAAAGCCAUAUACGGUUUAAUUUGUGAAGCAUUUCAACAACAAUUCUAGGUGCUUAAAAAUGUCAUUGCCGACGAUGGUGGUGCUCGUUGCGCUGGCCGCACUGCUGAUUGCUGCCACAGUCCAGAGCUUGCCUCAAGGUGCACCGGAAACGGUGUGCGACACAAUGCUGCCGUUCCAUUCCGGCGGCCGUGAGUUGCCCCAAAACAGUGUCCCCCCCUUUGGCAUUGAGACGUCCACGUCUGUGGUCGGCCAGGGACAGACGUUACGCGUGGAUAUCAGCGGCUUAAGACCGGAGUUGAGCUUUGGUGGCUUCAUGAUCCAAGCACGCAACCGCAAUCCUCCCUAUCAGAUUGUGGGGCAGUUUAGUCCAUCACGUGACGGCACCAUCAAGCUGAUGAACUGCGAGAACUCCGUCAACAAUUCGGCCACCCACAGCAAUGCCGGUCCCAAGCAGCAGGUCAGCCUCGACUGGCAGCCCCCUGUGGACUUCCUUGGUCAGGUCGUGUUCAACGCAACUGUUGCCCAGACAUAUACUGACUUCUGGGUGGGCAUACCCUCCAGUCCCGUGCAGGUGGUUAGACGUGAUAUCUCGGGACCCGCACCACUGCCCACAGUCAAUCCGCCCACCAACUUUAACAUUGCCAGCACUCGUUCUCCCUAUGUGCCACCCAGCUAUGUGGCACCCAGUGUAAGUCCUGUGAUCGAGGACACCUUCUAUGAUGGCUGCGGCCAGAUCAAGAACUGCUUUGGUUUUCCCAAUGGUUGUGUUGCCACUCAAUCCUGUACUAUUAUUUCCGCCAUAACCGUUCGUGGAGAAGUCUACGAGUUCGAGAUGCGUUCCGGCAAGGGAACCAACGCUGCCUAUGUGGCAGUUGGCUUGUCGGAUGAUGCCAGAAUGGGUGACGACCUGACCACCGAGUGUGUGCCCGAAAACGGGCGCGUUAACCUGUACUCCUCUUAUACGUCCAAUAAUCCCUAUGCCGCCAUCAGAGGCAGCGUGUCACAGAAUUCGGCGCGUCUUUUGAAUGCCUCGUUCGUGGACGGCGUCAUCUACUGUAAGGUGCAACGUGAUCCACUCACGGUGGUGCAGGGACGCAGCUUCGAUUUGAAGAACGGUGCCUACCACAUGCUGGUCGCCUCGGGCACCGGCCUGAAGGAGAACAGCGUUGGCUUCCACAACAUUGGCUUUUUGCCCUCGUCGAGUCCAAUUAAUCUGGCUGUGGUUCAGGAACUGGGCGGUUCCAGCAUGUUAUUGGUGCGUUUGCAUGGCGCCUUCAUGAUUGCCGCCUGGAUCGGCACCACAUCGCUGGGCAUCAUCUUUGCGCGCUACUUUAAGCAGACAUGGGUGGGCAGCCAAACCUGCGGCAAGGAUCAAUGGUUCGCCUGGCAUCGCAUGCUUAUGGUCACCACCUGGUCGCUGACUGUCGCCGCCUACAUUCUAAUCUGGGUGGAACUGAAGCGUGCUGUGUGGCAUGCCCAUUCCAUAAUUGGCCUCAUCACAGUCAUCCUCUGUUUCAUCCAACCAAUCGGAGCACUCUUCCGUCCCGGACCCAAUGACAAGAUGCGUCCGUACUUCAACUGGGGCCAUUGGUUAGGCGGCAAUCUGGCUCACAUCCUGGCCAUUGUUGCCAUCUUCUUUUCUGUGAAAUUGCCCAAGGCGGAGCUGCCCGAGUGGAUGGACUGGAUACUGGUUGGAUUUGUUGUGUUCCAUGUGCUGGUUCAUCUCAUAUUCUCCAUCUCUUUGUGUAUGAAUCAUUGGCAGGUGUCCUCCAUUGCAUCGGAUCGCCACCAGAGCCAGCGUGUGAACACAUUCCAAAUGGGCGACAUGGCGCAUCAUCAUCAGCACGCCAUGCGGAAUGGCAUGAGCAUGGAACGCAAAAUGGAUGCACCGUAUGGUGGCCUGAGGAAGGGUCUGCUCGGAGUCUAUACCAUUGUCCUGGCGCUGUUUGUUGUGGUGCUGAUAUUGCUCGUGGUGCUGGCGCCCAUCGAAAAGGCUUUCAAAUAGCAUCAAGCAUCAUUGAAGAAGACGUUUUUAUAAUCUCUAUUCGCUCUGUACAGUCAAUACUCGUAGGCUGCCACUUAAUUAUUUUAUUAACUUAACCCCCCCUUUUACCCGCCUCCCGUUUUAUGUUGUUAUGUAUAAAAUGCUGAAGGAUAACAAAAGUUUAACCUAGGGCAUGCGUUUUCAGUACAUGUUAUAUAAUUUAUUAUUGAUAAAGUAAAACAAAGCCAA